AUGGAGUUACGGGGUGAUGGAAAGAUUAGAAUGAUGACGGAUCUAAAGAAUAAACACAGAUUAGAUCUGUUGGGUUUGAUUGAGACUAAAAGACAAGUAGUGACGAGGCUUGACGUUAUAAGAAUAUGGGGGCAAGAUGGUGCGGGAUGGGAAUACAUAGGCUCUGAGAGUACAGCAGGUGGACUCUUGUUAAUAUGGGAUGAAUCAGUGUUUAAAAUGAAUAACUGCUAUAAGGUAGAGAUAUGGUUGUGUGUUGAAGGGGUCCUGGUAAAGAGUAGUUUCAAUUGCACCUUUUUCUUAGUUUAUGGUGCACACAACAGGGAUGAGAAAGUGCAGGUGUGGGAGGAGCUGAGCUACAUGACUGGGUUAUGUCAGAUUUCUUGUUGUUACAUGGGAGAUUUCAAUGAAAUAGUACAUGUAGAGGAAAAACAAGGUAUUGUUGUUUUACAUCGGUCUACGGAUGACUUCAAGAAUUGGAUAAAAGAUAUGCACUUAGUGAAUUUGCCGCUCACUGAUCGAAAGUUCACAUGGUUUCGGGGGCAUUCUUGCAGUCGUAUAGAUAGAGCUCUGGUUAGCUUAGAGUGGCUAGAAGAGUUUUCUGAGACCCAGUUACAAGGUGGACCUAGGGGCUUAUCAGAUCAUUGUCCUAUUUUAGUAGAAGACAAGAAGCUGAGGGGAGGUCCAAGGCCGUUCCGAAGCCUUGAUUCCUGGUUUACACAUGAAGGCUUUCUCAGAAUGGUGAAGGAGGAGUGGAGAGGAUUGAGGGAGAUACAGUUCACGGAUAAAUUGAAGGCUUUGAUGACUCCGAUAUGA